GACACUGGGCCAACUGUGGGGCCAGCUGAGAGAAUGGACACGCAGAACGCGAUGCUGUCAACUGAUGCCCUUUACAAGAUCGCCCCAGACUCCGGGUUUUCCUCUCGUGUGUCCGAGGUGGAUGGAGGAGAGAGGAACGGAGGGGCUGGAAACUUACUGCUCGGGGAGCACAAUGUCCUGACCAAACGCCUGGCGAGGAUUUCAGAAUGCCAGAAUGAUGAAGGAUGCAGGUGUGACUCUGGCUCUGUGGUCAAGGUUAUCAUCAAGAUUUUGGGAGUUCUUCUCAUGCUGUACAUUUUUAUUUGUGCCUUGGACCUGCUUAGCAACGCCUUCAGACUUUUGGGAGGGAAAACUGCAGGCAGUGUGUUUCGGGAAAGUUCCCUGUUGGCAAACCCUAUUACUGGACUCAUGAUUGGUGUCCUGGCAACCGUGAUCCUUCAGAGCUCUUCCACUUCAAGUUCAAUUGUGAUCACCAUGGUGGCUUCCAAUAUUCUGGACCUGCAGCCAGCCAUCCCUAUCAUCAUGGGAGCAAAUAUUGGUACAACUGUGACUAACACCCUGGUGUCCCUGGCUCACUCCACCAACCGUAGAGAGUUCCGCAGGGCAUUUAGUGGUGCAGUGGUACAUGAUGUGUUUAAUUGGCUGACAGUUCUUAUUCUUCUUCCUUUGGAAGUUGUGACAGGUUACCUGUAUCACCUGACAAAAGCAAUCGUCUCCACCUUGAACUUGGAGGACAUGAAGGCCAAGGACCAGGACCUACUGAUGGUCAUUACUAAACCAUUAACUAGCAGAAUUGUACAGAUUGAUCAAGAUGUCAUCCCUGCCAUUGCUGAAGGUAAACUAGAAUAUGCAGAUAAACCUCUUCUGAAGAUUUUCUGCACCUUUAACAGCACAGAAGAAUCUCUCAUUACAAACGAGACCAUUUUAAAUGACACAACAAAGAUGGAAUCCUGGACAUUGGUCAAUAAAACAGUUGUAAAGAUGGUCCCACUGGAGAAAUGCGAGUCUCUGUUUAGCUUGAUUGGCUGGAGUGACACACCGUCAGGCAUCCUGUUGUUUGUCUUCUCCAUCAUAAGCCUGUCGCUCUGCCUCUACACCAUGGUCAAGCUCCUGCACUCCCUCCUGGGAGGACAAAUCGCCAAAGUUGCCAGAAAGACAAUCAACUCUGACUUUCCCAGACCGUUUCAGUGGUUAACUGGCUAUGUUGCUAUCUUAAUUGGCGCUGGCAUGACCAUAUUAGUACAAAGCAGCUCAGUGUUUACCAGCGCUCUCACCCCAUUGGUCGGCAUUGGCUGUCUCAAGUUGGAGCGCAUGUAUCCCCUAACACUGGGUUCAAAUAUUGGAACAACAUUCACAGGUAUUCUUGCUGCAUUGGCGUCCUCGUCAGCAACCAUAUCAGUGGCUCUUCAACUAGCAUUUUGUCACCUUUUCUUCAACAUCACAGGCAUCCUAUUGUUUUACCCAGUGCCAACGAUGCGAUCAAUUGUACUAGAUACAGCUAAAUAUCUUGGUCGUACCACGGCACGCUACAGAUGGUUUGCCAUCGCAUAUAUUAUCUUCAUGUUUAUCAUAUUUCCAGGGUUUUUCUUCAUAGUGUCAUUGGCUGGAAGAAUAGUUUUCAUUUUGACAAUUUGCAUAAUAACUUCAUUUGCAUCUUUUGUAGUUGUGCUUAACAUUAUGCAGAGAAACCCUGGAUUCUUGCCAGUUAGGUUUCGAACAUGGAACUUUAUGCCAGAGAUCCUGAGAUCACUCGCUCCAAUUGACAGAUUCUUGAACAGAGUGAUGGUUCCUUUCAGGAAGUGUUGCUGUAAGUGCUGUGUGAAACAUUGCCAGUGUACAGAGCAGGUCUCAGAUACUGACCUGGGUUUUGUCGAUAGUGACAGUGAUGUAGAAACCUCUUUACAGACAUCAUAUCCACCAUCAGCUGCUUCUUCUAGAACAGUCUUGUCCUCUCAGUCAGGCCCAGACUUGAAAUCUUCCUCCUCCAGAAUUUAUAAACCCAGAGAUACAGUGUCAGUGAAAAAUAGUUUGAUGAAAUCCCCCAGUGUGGUGGAAGAAAGUAUACCAGAGGCUCCUGAAGCAUCAUCAGCCACGGCACUGCUUGAUGAGAGUGGUGAUAGGGAUCACAUUAUCAAGUUUUACAUUUCAAAAACUGACCUUCAUAAGGUCAUUGAUAAAUCAGACGGGGAGAUUGCCCCAGUUAAAGUGUCAGUAUUUCAUGAAAGACUGAAUGAAAGUGCUAUGGUGUUGAAAUAG